AUGCAGGGCGAGUACAGAGGCGGAGGAGUUUGUAAAGAGUGCCAGCAUCACACCACAGGUAUAAACUGUGAGCGCUGUAUUCCCGGAUACUACAGGUCACCUGACCAUCCCCUGGAGUCGCCAUUUGCCUGUUCAAAAUGUCUGUGUGAAUCUGAGUUCACUGACGGCACAUGUGAAGAUCUGACCGGACGCUGUUACUGUAAACCAAACUACACGGGUGAGAACUGCGAUGCAUGUGCUGAGGGAUACGAGCACUUUCCUGUCUGCUACCAUUGUGAAUGCAAUGCUGCAGGUACUGAGGGGAACUCCUGUAGGCCGAACCCUCGCACCAAUACUUGUGUGUGUAAGCCUGAAUUCACUGGAGAGCACUGCGACACCUGCACACCUGGACAUUACGGCCUUAACUGCCAGCGCUGCCAGUGCUCAGGCCCGGGUUGCCUGGAUGGGUCCUGUGACGCAGUAACAGGCCAGUCUACGUGUCGCACCGGGUUUCAGGGGCAUUCAUGCGAGCAGUGUGAGCCCGGCUACUUCAAUUACCCGCUGUGCCAAUUUUGUAGUUGUAGUGUCGUUGGCUCUACACCUGAGGUGUGUAAUAAAGCCGGUCAGUGUUUGUGCAGGCCCGAGUUCACUGGUCCUCUCUGUGAUCAGUGUCGCUCUGGUAUCCACUUGUACCCAGACUGCCAGGUGUGCACCUGUGACCCCCGUACAUCUCUGAACACCAGUUGUACCGUCUCGGGCCAGUGUCUCUGCAAACCCAACUACAACAGCCCCAAAUGUGACCAGUGCGCACCAGGAUACUACGGAUAUCCCAGCUGUGCACCGUGUGAUUGUUCAUCGGAGGGUUCUCGAUUCGGUCCCUGUGAUCCCGUGUCUGGUCAGUGUAUGUGUCGUCCAAACGUUUCGGGUCAGAGGUGUGAUAGAUGCAGUCCUGGAUCAUAUGACUUUCCUCUCUGCCAAGCUGGGACCUGUAAUCCGGAAGGCUCUGUGCCUGAUGAUAUCCUGUCCAUUGCUGUAAAUGGUUCGUGUAAGUGUCGGCCGUAUGUGGAGGGGCUGGUGUGUGACCGCUGUAAACCUCUCUACUGGAAUCUUUCUCCUGAUACAGUCUACGGAUGCUCAACUUGUGACUGUGACACAGUAGGAACCCUGAGCGAGGUUGCAGCAUGCACUCAGAGCACCGGCCAGUGUUACUGUAAACCCAACGUGUGCAGCGGGACCUGUGCCGUAUGCAAAGACGGACACUACAAUCUCCAAUCUACAAACUACUUUGGGUGCCAAGGGUGUCAGUGUGAUAUCGGGGGUUCAAUUGGACAGGCCUGUGAUGACAGAUACGGCCGCUGUCGGUGCAGACCCAAUGUGGAGGGACCCAAAUGUAACCAACCCCGACCGGAUCAUUAUUUCCCCGACCUGCACCAUAUGAAGUUUGAGGUGGAGGAUGGGACCACCAUGGAUGGCCGUUCGGUAAGGUUUGGUUACAAUCCACUGGAGUUUGAGAGCUUUAGCUGGAGAGGGUACGCUCAGAUGACAUCCAUACAGAAUACGGUUAAAAUGACGGUGCACGUGCGUGAAGCCGACGUGUAUCUCACGCGCUUCAGCCUCAGAUACAUAAACAUGCGGUCGACCGUGUCGAACGGUAAAAUCACGGUCUAUCAGAGCAGCAGAAGAGGCUCUGAACAGUCCAAACAAAUCGUCUUUGCACCCAGUUCAGAACCCACGUUUGUCAACGUCCCCCAGAACACUUUUGUGGAGCCGUUCGUCCUGAAUCCUGGAACCUGGAUUGUGAUUAUAGAGGCAGAGGGUAUUCUGCUGGACUAUCUGGUGCUCUUGCCCAGCGCGUAUUACGAGGCUCCCAUCUUGCAACUGAAAGUGACUGAACCUUGUUCAUACAGCCACACACAGGAUGCCAAUCAGAACUGUCUGCACUACAUGUACCUUUCUUUGGACGACUUCCCAUCCAUCUCUGGAAAUGAAGCCAGCUGCAGAUCGGAUAACCACCUGCCUCGGCCCUGUCACAAUGAAAAGAUCACACCACACCAUCUCAGCAUGGCCAUAUGCAGCGGCAAUGACAUGAGUGUGCAGCUGCGCGGCCGUGUGCCUGUUCCUGGAGAAUAUGUUUUGGUGGUUGAAUACGCUAGUGAAGAUGAAGCCCCUCAAACUCUCCUCGUGUCUGUCAACUCACCGGGCGAACGAACACAUCAAGAACAAAUAACACUGUUACACUGCAAAUACAGUUUCCUGUGUCGGGCGGUGUGUGUAGACAACAUGAAGCGUGUGGCGGUCUUCACUCUGUCUGUGGAGGCUGAUAUUCAGCUCGUCGCCGACAGAAGCAGUUUCUUCCUGCACAAAGUGUUCCUCGUCCCACGUGAUCAGUUCACCAUGGAGUACCUGAAACCCAAAGUUCAUUGCAUCAGCACACACGGACGCUUCUCUCCGGACAGUGGCUCCUGUAUUCCGUCUCGCUUCCAGAACCCUCCUCAGUCUCUGGUUCUGAAAGAGGGUCAGGCGUCCUCUGUGCCCGAACCCGUUCUGGCUUCAGCCCCUGACCCCUCCUUCAAUGCAGACAGACCCGCUACCUCCAGACCACCAACAGCAGCGGAUAACAAUGACCACAUGCUACUCAACCCGGAUCAGAAUGCCGUAGUUUACUCCACACGUGUGCACGCGCUGGGCCGCUAUGUGUUCAUCCUGCACUAUCAUCAGCCCCUGCACCCGACCUACAACAUCCAGGUUUACAUCAACGGAGGACGCAUCUGGCGGGGUCAUGCCAACGUUUCAUUCUGUCCCCAUGGUUAUGGUUGCCGUAGUGUUGUGAUGGCAGAGAACCAGAUUAUUCUGGAUGUGACGGAUCAUGAGGUCAUUUUGACCCUGCGUGUUCCCGACAGAAGAACUCUUUGGCUGGACUAUGUUCUGGUGGUACCAGAAAACACCUACAGCUCCACCUUUUUGUCAGAAGAACUGCUGGACAAAUCUUAUGAUUUCAUCAGCAACUGUGGACAAAACAGCUUUUACAUCAACCCUGCCACAGCAUCUCCAUUCUGCCGAAGCUCAGCCGUAUCUUUGUCUGCGUUCUUUAAUAAUGGUGCUGUGCCCUGCGGCUGUCAUGAGGUGGGAGCAGAAAGUGACACAUGUGAGACCUUCGGUGGACAGUGUCAAUGCAAGCCCAAUGUGAUCGGCCGAGACUGUUCUCAGUGUGCCACAGGCUACUACGGCUUUCCCAACUGCAGACCUUGUAACUGUGGAUCACGUCUGUGUGAGCCGGUCACGGGUGAGUGUAUUUGUCCUCCGCGGACCCUGCAGCCAGACUGUGUGACCUGUGAGCCGCAGACGUUCGGCUGUCAUCCUCUGGUGGGCUGUGAGAUGUGUAACUGCUCCAGACCCGGAAUCACCUCAAUGGACAUCAGCUGCGACACAAACAACGGCCAGUGCAGGUGCAAAAACAAUAUCGUUGGGCGUCAGUGUGACAAGUGCUCCCCGGGUUUCUAUGGAUUCCCCAACUGCAGACCAUGUGACUGCAAUGCGGCAGGGACAGAGAUAGACGUGUGUGACUCCUUCACCGGACGCUGCUUAUGCAAGGAAAAUGUGGAGGGUUAUCGAUGUGACCAGUGCAAACUGGGAACAUUUCACCUGGACCCCACUAAUGCUAAAGGCUGCACCAAAUGCUUCUGCUUUGGAGCCACGGACCGUUGCCAAAGUUCUGAGAAACGCCGUAAUGAGAUCAUGGAUAUGAGGGGCUGGAUGCUGUUGAGAAGUGACAGACAGGAAAUGCCUGCGUCUGUGUAUGAUGGUCAAGAUCUGAUAGAGGUGGAUCUGAGUGAUGUACCUGACGUCUCCCAGGAACUCCACUGGCACGCUCCACAAGCUUAUCUCGGUGAUAAAGUGUCAUCUUAUGGAGGCUACCUGCGCUACCGGUUGCACACGCAGACAAUGCGGGGUGAUGCUUUUCUCCCCGGGGAGACCUCUCGUCCAGAUGUUAUACUAAAGGGAAAUCAGAUGACUCUGGUGUAUAUGGAGAGGGAAUAUUCUUCACCUGAAGAUCCUCAUGAAGGAAUUGUUCAUCUGGUAGAGGAGAGCUUCAGACAUGCGCAGACAGGGAACCCUGUAUCCCGUGAGGAGCUGAUGAUGGUGCUGGUGGCCCUGGAGUCCCUUCAGAUCAGAGCCCUGCACUCUCAAUCCGCCCAGUCUGUGUCGCUGCGAGCUGCUGUGCUGGAGGCGGCCGAAAACCUGCCCUCCGGUCGGCACGCCAACAAUGUGGAAAUUUGUCUUUGUCCUGGAAACUAUCUAGGAGACUCCUGUCAGCAAUGUUCUCCAGGUUACUAUCGUGACAUUAAAGGGCUGUUUCUUGGGAAGUGUGUUCCCUGCAACUGUAAUGGUCAUUCUGAUCAGUGUCUGGAUGGAUCGGGCAUUUGUGUGAAUUGCCAUCAUAACACUGCCGGAGAUCAUUGUGAGAGGUGCCAGGGCGGCUUUCAUGGCAACAACAGCAUUGACGGACACGCGAUGUCCUGCUCCAGCUGUCCCUGCCCACUGCAGGUGGCAUCAAACAAUUUUGCCAUUCGCUGUGUGGAGAAGCGCAAUAACAUGCAGUGUCUGUGCAUGCCUGGCUAUGCCGGAUUCAAUUGUGAGAGGUGCGCCCCGGGCUACUAUGGAAACCCUGUGGUGAUCGGCAGCACGUGUCAACCGUGCCACUGCAACGGUAACUCAGACCCCAACAUGCUGUUCAGCGACUGUCAUCCUUUGACGGGAGAGUGUCAGAGCUGCAUGCACAACACCGCCGGGCCGCACUGUGAAAUCUGCGCCCCUGGUUACUAUGGAGACGCCAUCACUGCCAAGAACUGCACCCGAUGCAAUUGUUCUCCGUGUGGCACUGAUCGUUGUGACCCUCAGACCGGUCAGUGUCACUGCAAGCCUGGCGUGGUUGCUGCCCAUUGUGAACGCUGUGAGAACGGUGCGUUUGGCUUUGAUUCGUGCGCUGGUUGCCAUAAGUGUGAAUGCGAUGCUGCGGCGGCGCUGGUUCUGCCGUGUGACCCCGUCAGCGGAUCGUGUUCCUGUCGGCCUGGAGUGAACGGGCCGAACUGCCGUCAGUGUGCACCGGGUUACUGGGACUACAGCCCUGAUGGCUGCAGGAAAUGUGAUUGUAAGGGUAGUCGCUGUGAUCCUCGCACUGGGGAGUGUCGAUGUGCAGAAGGUCUAACAGGAAGACAGUGUGACACGUGUAUUAGCACACACAGCGUCCCUGUGCAACACGGAACAGAUGUCCACUGCGAACCCUGUGACAGCUGUGUGUUGGUGCUGCUGGACGAUCUGGACAAGAUGAACCAGCUUUAUGAGUCUGUUGCCCAGCAGAUGAGCAGUCUGAAUGCUAGCUCCUCUGCCUGGUCUCAGCUAAACCGACUUAAUGUGUCAAUGGAGGCUAUUGCUAGUGCUAUAAGAAACUACAACAGCAGUCUGGAUGAGAGCAGGAGCCGAGCCGACAUGCUGGAUGGAGAGCUGCAGUUCAUUGAUUCAGAUAUUAAGGAGUUAGAGGAGAAGGCCUCAGUCACACAAAAGAAGGGAACAGAUCUGGAGAACAACACUAACUCCACACACAGCAGGGCACAAGACCUGCUCGGCUUUAUCAAGGAUAUCAUGGGAAAUGUGAAAGGCAUUAUACUGCAGGUGAACCAGACAGCACAGAAUGAAAGCAAGGCGAUAAAUCAAGAGGAACUGGCUCAGAUGAUAUCCGAGAUGGAGUCCAUGCUCAGAGACAUGCGCUUCAAGACAUUUGACUUCCAGAAGAGACUUGCAGAAAAUGAGCUGGACCAGGCCAACAAUUUGUUAGAUCGUGUGAAGAACGACAUGGCAAACCGAACACUGAAUAAUGAUGAUCUGGCGAAGAACAUCAAAAACAAACUGAGCCAGUUUAACCAGCAGCUUAUGGAACUGAAAGACGCUCUGAAUGAAGCGGUCAAUAACACUGCACACACUGUUGAGGCCAACAACAUCAACCAGAAACACCUGGAUGAGCUUCAGAAAAAAAUGAACGACCUUCUCGAGAAGCAGAAGGAAGUGGAGCAGCAGUUACAGAUGGCAGAAGAUGAUGUGACCCAGGUCAACGAUCUGCUCUCCAUGCUCCAAGACUCCAAAGAGGAGUAUGAACGUCUGGCGGCUCAGCUUGAUGGAGCGAGGAAGCCGGUUGCUGAGAAAGUGCAAAAGUAUGCUCCGUCCGCCGCUAAAAUUUCCCUGGUGGAGGCUGCGGAGAAACACGCUGAAAUGCUCGACCAGCUGGCCAACAACAUUUCCAGUCUCAUAUCCAGCUCCAACCAGAAUGGUUUCAUACAGCGAGCUCUGAAUGCGUCUCGUGCGUACACCAACAUUAUAGAUAGCGUGCUGGAAGCGGAGACUAAAGCUAAGGAAGCCAACGAAUCUGCCACCGAGGCUCUGAAGAACAUAAUUGAUGAGGAUCUGGCCCAAAACGCUGCCACGUUGAAGAACCAGAGUAUGGAUCUCCUGACUGAGGCAGAGAAGCAAAAGAACAACAGUGAACGUCUGGCGCCCCGCGUGGAUUCCAUUAAGAAGAGUUUGCAGGACGCUGUGGAGAAAAAAGACAAGAUGCUCGAAGACCUGAAAAACAUCCAGGAUAAGCUCAACUUUAGUCGAGAUGAUAUAGGGAAGGACAUUGCAGAUGCUAAGAGCGCGGUGGAGCAGGCUAACAACAAAGCCAGUAAUGUCAGCGACUCGCUUGUUCCUCUACAAAAGCAGCUUGAGGAAUGGCAAAAGCAGUAUGGAGAUUCCAACGCCUCCAGUGACGAUAUCAACAAAGCAUUGAACGAUGCCAACGCGUCAGUGACGGCACUGAGCGACACUCUUCCACUGCUGAUGGAGAAACUAGACCGAUUGCAGAACACCUCAUUUCAGCCAUCCAACAUCUCAGACAGCAUCCAGAAGAUCCGACAACUUAUCGAGCAGGCUCGCAAUGCUGCUAGCAAGGUGAGCGUGUCCAUGCAGUUUAAUGGAAACUCUGGAGUACAGGUGAGGACGCCCAAAAAUGUGGCCGACCUAGCAGCCUAUUCAAAUCUACGGAUGUACGUCAAGCUUCCGCGUCCCAAUCGCAGACGCCGCCAAGCUGAACCCUCCAAACCUCAGUUUGUCUUCUAUCUCGGCAACAAAGACUCUACUAAAGACUAUAUGGCAAUGAAGCUGGAGGGGACAAAUCUGCGCUGGUACUUUAACGUGGGAGGAGAUACAGCAGAUGUUCUAAUGCCAACGAGCGUGAAUUGGGAUUAUUUCAACCAACUAGCCCUGGAGAGGACUCUUCAGUACGGUCAGAUGGCUAUGGCGACUGAUUCAGAAGGCACAAAUAUAAUGAUUAAAAGCAUGGUAGCUGGUGGAGAAAAUGGACUACUCAAUUUACCAGCCGAGGAGACCGUGUUUUAUGUCGGCGGUUACCCCAGCACAUUUCAACCUCCAAUGGGUUUAAACGCGUCAUCCACAAGCUUUUUCCAAGGAUGCAUUGAGCUUCUGAGUCUGAAUGAAGAGCUCAUCAGUCUCUAUAACUUUGAGGAAGCAUUUCAGAUGAACACCACAACUGACCUGCCAUGUUCAAGGAAGAGGCCUGUAAACACACCGGAAUGGGUGGUUGACGGUGUGUAUUUUGAUGGUUCGGGUUAUGUUGAAGUUGAGUUCAACACUCAGAAAGCCGAUCGGAUGUUCGAGCAGUAUGUCAAACUCAUCUCGCAGGAUGGAAUUCUACUGUUGUUCCACAGAGGGGAUAAAUUUGUGUGCGUGGCCAUGCAUGAAGGUCUUCUUAAGGUCUUCCACAAUGUUGAGGGAACAAUAACAAAUAACACUGAUGAUUUGUCUAAAAAAGCCAUUGCUGACGCUCAGUCGAAGUUUCUGGAUGUUAUCUUUCGACUCGGCAGCGAUGAAAUGUGGGUGAGGAUAGACCGUCAGAGGGUCUACACCCUUUCAAGCAAAGAACUUCAAUUCACAGAUAGCUACUUCCUGGGUGGCGUACCCGAGGAUCAUAUGCCUGAGAGUCUGAAGAGUGUGUUUCCUAAGCGUGGCUCCAUAAAGGGCUGCAUGAGAUACAUCAAGUCCAUGAGGAGCUUCGUUCAGAUAAAGACCAUGAAGAGUAUAGGAAUCAGCUACGGUUGUCCUGACGAUCUCCUGGUUACCCGUGAAGCCCAUUUCGCUGGUGAAGGUUAUCUGGGCUUAAAUCUGGACAAUGUCCCAGAUGUCUCAGACAACUUCUACGCUGGUAUCGGCUUCAGAACAGAUCAGCAGAACGGCCUCAUGUUCUACCAUCAAGGCCAGAGCGCUGUGUGUCAGGUGAUCUUAGAGAACGGUCGUAUAGUGAUCAGUGCUGGUGAAAAUGAGGUCAGGUCACAGAAGACAUACAAUGAUGACAACAGUCACUAUGUGGCUUUCUACAGCAACACAACUGGGUUGUACAUCUAUAUAGACGAUAUGCGUGAGCUUGGAGAAGAAACUGGCACUAAGGUCACCAGCAGGGCGGCGCUGAAAUAUGCUACUUAUGUGGGUGGCACACCUGAAUCAAACGGUCUCACCGGCUGCAUCAGCAACUUCUUCAUCCAGACACUUACUGAAAUGCAGAACGUUGUGGAUCUGAUAAAAGCUCAAGAGGGACGCAGAUACACUUUUGACUGUCCAGCUGCAUCACAGCCACUGGAGAUACUGGAUUCACCACGGAAGAAGAAUCCAAAGGUUAAAGGAGUUUCUAGAAGUCAUAUGCCACAUGUGUCGUCCUGUACGGGUGAGAUGCCCAUACAGGAAGGCAACGCCCUCCACUUCAGUGGCUCCUCACACAGCCACCUGCGCUUUGAUGAACUCCCUCCAGCAUUUAGCCAAACGCCACACGUGUCUCUUGGCAUACGUGUGAACUCUUCGAGCGGUUUGAUCUUCCACGUGGCGGGAGGGAGGAACCAGAGAACCAUGAUGCUGUCUGUGUUUGACGGUCAUCUGAUGCUGCUGGUCAACGGCGGAAAGAGAAAGACCACCAUACGCAGCAGAAAGAAAUACAGUGACGCCCUUUGGCACACGGUGUUUGUCAAAGUGGAAGGGGACCGGGCCUCUCUGACUGUGGACGGCAUCGACGUUCAGAGCAAGAGAGCAUCAUCAGGUGGAGGGAGAAACGUGUUUGGAGCUCCGCUUUACAUCGGAGGACUUCCAUCAAACCACAGUGCAGCUACGCCUGGUUUCAUUGGCUGUGUGAGGGAUGUGAAACUGAAUGAGGUGGAGUUACAGAGCCCGUCUCACAGUGUAGGGGUGAUACCCUGUUUCCAGCAACCCGCUCAGCAGCCCGCUGUUUACUUCUCCAGUCAAGGAGGAUAUCUGACCAUCGAAGAGUCACUGGUGCUGGAUCGGGACCUGGAGGUCCUUUUGGAGGUUCGGACAGUUUCUGACUCUGGACUCCUGCUGCACGCUGGUGCCAAGAAGAGUCAACAGCUGAGUCUCUACCUCAAUCAGGGCCAGGUGACAGUGUUGGUGAACAUUGGAAGUGGAGAGUUUUCAGUAAGUCUCACACCAGAGUCGUCGAUCUGUGAUGGACUUUGGCACAGUAUUGCGAUUGUGAAGAAGAGCAAUGUAAUCCAGUUACAUGUGGAUGCAGCGAGCGAACAUGGAGUGGGUCCCAAACAGCACGUUUCUAACGGAGGCAAAGAGACCGUCUACUUGGGUAGCGUCCCAGAUACCAUCAAGGUUCCAGGUCUCCCGUCGGAUCUUUCUUCAUUCCACGGUUGUGUGAGGAAAGCUGAACUGAAUCACCGGCCUGCCAAGCUCUCAAAACCCCUCUCGCUGUUUGGAGCCGUGGGGACUCAGGGCUGCCCUCUCUUAUAGUUACCCAUAAAAACACACUGACAAUAUCACAUCAUCAGGUGGUGGGUUUAAUUUAAACAACUGCGAAGAUAUUUAUAUGUUCAUGACACCAUGUGGGUUUUUUUUAAUCAGGCACUGUAAGUGCAGAGAAGACACUAAUAAAGUAUACAUGUUGUACGCUGUAAGCAGGGCUGGUUUUGCUGGCAGAGAUCUGAAUUCGUAUUGUUAAAUAAUACAUUCCAUUGAUGUUAUAAAUAUGGACCCGUUGACAUUAACUGUGACCACUCACCAUGAAAUGGGUUUUUAUGGUUCUUUAUAAACACUGGAGGUCAAUUUACUUUGGAUAUAAACAAACAGUCUGUGAGAUACCUCAUUUAUUUUAAAAUUAC